CAGCUACCGGGCUAGUAGGCGAACGUCCGCCGCGGUGUCGGUGUGUGUGGUCUGCGUGCGACGUGCGGCGAACGUGCGAGGAGCGAAGUGCGCGUGUGUCGCAGCGUGGCAGCGGCAGGUAUCGAUCGCGGGCGAGACCGCAUUGCCGUACAUUCCGGAGGCGGUGCCUCGGGAGCCGUCGAUCGCGGGGCGGCGCGCGCGUGGCGGCGGAGGCGCCGGCCUGCGCAGAGGCGCGUCGCGGAUCGGUCUCGCGCCCACUCCGCCAAAACCGGGCCGCUGUCCGCCGCGGACGGGUGUGAUGUAGCCGCGGCCGGCACUCGGACAAAGGACCCGCGACGUCUCCGCGUUCGCGAUGAAGAAGUUCACGUUCAAGGGGGUGCUGGACGGGCUGCGGGGCUCGAUGCAGUCGGCGCCGCGCGGCCUCGAGCAAGAGAUCCAGGAGACGCUGCGCCCGGAGCACUUUCAGGUCAAAAAGACGUUCCGGCAUGGGUUCCCUUUCUCACCGACGGCGCUGGCCUGGGACCCGAUACAGAAGCUGCUCGCCAUCGGGGACAAGGGCGGUAACCUUAGAAUUUUGGGCGGGCCCGGUGUGGACGCGCACGUGCGGCACGAAGCUGGCGAGGCGGUGCUCCAUGCGCAAUUCCUGAUCAACGAGGGUGCCCUGGUCACCGCCACCGCUGACGACCAGCUGCACCUCUGGACCUUCCGGCAGAAGUCACCCCAGCGUGUUCAGUCUCUCAAAUUCCAGAGGGAACGAUUUGGCAUUAAACUAACAAGACAGACAAAUGAAAUUAAAGGGAUAACAUGCCUGCACUUACCGCUGCAGUCGAAAUGGGUGCACGUGGGCACAGAACGUGGUAACGUGCACGUAGUCAACAUCGAAACAUUUGCACUUAGCGGUUACGUCAUCAACUGGAACAAGGCCAUCGAAGUGACGAGGCCGAACCACCCGGGCUCCGUGGUAGCCAUCAGUGAGAACCCACUCGAUGCUAGCAAACUGCUAAUAGCGUUCGAGUCAGGUCUUAUAGUUGUGUGGGAUCUGCGGGCGCGCGCGGUUGAAUGGCGCGGGGGUCUGGCGGGCGCAGGGGUAGGGGCGCCAGACGUGCGCGCCGCCGCUUGGCAGCACGACGGCAAGCUCAUGACCGCGCACGCUGACGGCGCGCUCGCCACAUGGACCACGAGAGCACCGCGGCCAUCCACUGUCACAUACCCACAUGCUAAAGCGAAUAAAGAUGGAAAACUGGAACCUUGCAAACCUAUACACAGAUUGGAAUGGAAAACAUCGAGAUCAGGUGAAAGUCUGGUGAUCUUUUCUGGAGGGCUGCCCACGGAUAAAGCGGGGCGCACACACAGCGUCACCGUGCUCAACGGGAAAAGCACCACUGUGCUAGAGAUGGAGCAUAGCGUUGUCGACUUCGUCACACUGUGCGAGAGCCCGCACGCUGCUGACUAUCAAGAGCCUUACGCGAUCGUGGUCCUUCUCCAGAACGACCUGGUGGUGAUCGACCUGCUGUCUCCCGGGUACCCGUGCUUCGAGAACCCCUACCCUAUGGACAUACACGAGUCACCCGUCACCUGUUGUUCAUACUUCGCAGACUGCCCCUCUGACUUGAUCCCCGCGUUCUACUCAGUGGGUCGGCAAGGCAACAAGAAGGUGGCGGGCUUUAGCGAGAAGCUGUGGCCCAUCAACGGCGGCGAGUGGGCGCCCGCCUCCUGCUCAUACAGCGAGAUCAUACUCACAGGACACGCAGACGGCAGCGUUAAGUUCUGGGACGCGAGUGCGGGGACUUUACAAAUUUUAUACAAGUUAAAAUGUUCUAAAGUGUUCGAGCGACGUGGCGGGUGGGAGGAGGAGGGGACGUUGAGCAUCCAGCAGGUGGCGCUGUGUGCGGAGUCGCGGCGGCUGAGCGUGGCGCUGCCGCACGGACAUGUCGUGCUCUUCAAGUUCCGCAAGGCGGAGACCACCGCCGAGACUCACGUGUUAGAAAUUCCAGUAAUAACAGACACGUUAGAAGAGGAGACGUCUCCGGAGCCGGAGGGCAGCCGGUCCGCCUCCUUCAGCCGCGGCGGAGACAGCGCAGAGGGGGAGGGCAGGAAGUCUUGUGGUGGUGUAUGGGCUGGGGGAGCAUUGCGCGUGCGGGGCGGCGCGGGCACGGGCGGGUCGCGGCGCGCGCCCGGCUUCCAGCCAGCACUGGCCGCGCUGCAGCUCGGCCCCCCACACCCCGUCACCACGCUCACUAUUAACUCCUCAUACGGACUCAUGGCGUGGGGCGGCGAGCGCGGCGUGGUGGUGGUGGACAUGUUCCGACGCUGCGUGGUGGCCGCGCUGCCGCCGCACGCGCUCUAUCUGCCCGAACCCGGCGCGCGCCCCCACGACCGGCAGCGCUCGCCCUCGCUGGACCAGCUGGAGGAGACGCACGCGUCGCCGGCCGCCAGCCCCGACCCCGCCCUCGCCCCCGCCCCCGCAGGCCCCGCCCCCGACGACCACGACGACCGCAAACUCGACACCCGAAGAAGGUCCACCUCGUGGAAAACUUUCAACCUCAAACGCCAGCUCUCUAAAGUAGAUCUCAAGUUCAAAUCUGCCUUCACCGUUCCGCCGGAAAACAAUGUGGAUGAAGAAAAGGGAAAUUCGCAAUUUUACUGCGAUCCAGUCGAAAAAUCAGACCCCACCCCUGAAUCCAAUGUGGAAAAUCCGGAGGUGAUCGAAAAAGCCACCGAAGCCACCGAGGAGGACAAAGAUCUCUCCUCGCCUCUGAGAGUUUGCUCCGACGUCUUCGAAAGAAUGCACAAGGAGUUGCAAGAGAAAAGAUCGUCUGAUGUCUACGAUCGGAUGCACAAGGAACUGCAGGAGAGGUGGCAGGAUAAGGAUAACAAUGAAAUAACGCCCGAUCUUUCGCCAUCCAAGCUGGAGGAAGAAAAAGUUUCACGGCCCGACAACCUUCCAUUGUUCGAUGAGGACGGCAAACCGACGAGACCUCCACGGCAGAAAAGUAAGAAGAAAGAGGAGGGGCGGGAGCAAAGGGAGCAGAGGCUGCUGUCGGUGCCCAACAUAAAGUACCGGCAGGAGGCGGCGCGCGAGGCGAGGAAGCGCCAGUCGGCGGGACCGGCGCCCCCGCCCUCCUUCGCCGGCAAUCUCAUGCGGCGCUUCAGAGAUUUUGUAGCGAGCCUUUGCACGAGGAAAGAACCGAACGAUGAGAAACGAACGAACGAAGAAGUUAUAGAAGUGCCCAAUCCGAUAGACAAGCUGGAUAGCUCGUUCUCGCGGUCGCGCUCCAGCAGCAUGUCCAGCCUGGAGAACAUCUCGCAGGAGGGCAUACAAUGCCUGGCAUUCGCUGACAGCUACACCAAGAAAUCAGAUCCAACGGGAUUGGUUCCGACACUGUGGAUCGGCACGUCUCUGGGUUCGGUGCUCACUAUGAUGAUCAGCCUGCCCGAGGCCGACCUGCGCUACACACAGCCAGUCCUCAUCUCCACCACAGGAGGACCUAUCCUAAGGCUAAAGGGUUCUAUUUUAACGAUGUCGUUCCUCGACUGUAAUGGUGCUCUAAUACCGUAUUCAUACGAGAGUUGGAAGGACGACAGUAAAGAGAAUCGUGACAGUCGUGAGCGUCGCGAGCGCACGCCCACUAAGCAGGGGUCGAGCGCGAGCCGAACGAGUCCGACGCCUGGUGCGGGAAGCUCAGGCGACGGCGAUCGUCAAUUCGUGGUUGUGGCUUCAGAAAAGCAAGCGCGUGUCAUCGCUCUGCCCAGCCAGAACUGCGUCUAUCGACAGCAGAUUGUAGAGACAGACUUCGUUGUUAAAUCAGAAACUGUCAGCCUUAAAGACAGCGUGUGUCUGGUGAACUACCUGUCGACGGGUCACCUGGUGGCGUACAGCCUGCCCUCUUUGCGGCCGCUCGUUGACGUUGACUUCUUGCCUCUCUCCGAGCUCAGCUUCCAGACACAGUCCAAACAGAGGGGUAUCGUAGACCCAAUGCUCUCGAUCUGGGGCCAGCAACUCAUUGUUAACGAGGACACAGACCAGAUAGCGAAGACGUUCUGCUUCAGCAACCGCGGGCACGGCCUGUACCUCGCCUCGCCCACGGAGAUACAGAAGUUCACUAUUGACACAGAAUUCUGCCAUCAAAUAAAUGAGAUGCUCGGGGAGCUAUUUUUACCACGGGACAUGCCGGAGGCGCCUAAAGAGGGAUUCUUCAGAGGACUGUUCGGCGGCGGCUCGCGGCCGCUCGACAGGGAGGAGCUGUUCGGUGAGAGCAGCGGGAAGCCCAAUCGUGCGGUAGCGAAGCACAUCCCGGGGGGCGCGGGCACGGCGGAGUUGGGGGCACGUGCCACCGCCGCCGCCAGCGAGGUGUCCCGCGCGCACCAGCUGGUGCUCGAGCGCGGCGACAAACUGUCCCAGCUGGAGGACCGCACCGAGCGCAUGCACUCCCAGGCCGCGGAGUUCUCAACCUCCGCGCACCAGCUCAUGCUCAAAUACAAGGACAAGAAGUGGUAUCAGCUGUGAGCCCCGCACCUCAUCUUUUCUCUUCUCCUAGGGGACGGGACUUUGUGAAGUUCGUGACACGAAUUACUCGCUACGGAAACGUGUGUUGUCGCUCCGGUCCAUCGCAGCCGAUUUAUGGCGUCUAUGUACGAAUCUCUCUUUCAAAAUCUACAAGUGCGGAGUAUUGAUGUCCGAUGCACUUAACUUCCCUAUAAAAUAGUACUUGCAAUGAACUUUUAAAGACAAUUAAGGUAGUAAUAAAAUUAAGGUACACGAUAAAUAAUACAUUUGAAAAAAAAAAUUUGGUAGUUGAUUAAAAUUAACCGAGAGAAGGAGCACAAUUUUCAUAUUCUAACACGUAAGCAAGUUUUCGACUAAGAAGAGCUUAGAACAGAAGAACUUUCGACAGCGUUUCGGAGUUACGCACAACAUUGUUUUUAGUUCAGAACAGAUGUAGAUUAUUCUAGGAACAAACCCACACGUUUGGUCAUCGAUCAUUGCUGUGUAUUUAUUAUCUCUUAAUUCAUUAAUUAAAUAUCAGAUGAUAAAUGAGAAAUAAAUAAAUAUUUUUUUAUUUUAUUAAAAUUAUCGCAUGCGUAUGCAACUUGUUUCGAAAAGAACGCCCUUUCUGCAAUCGUUCUGGCGAUGUGAUAAUGUAUAUAAAAAAUACAAUAACUAACAGAAACUUUAUCUUUUUUAUACCAGAAAUCGAAAUACGAACAUGCAAUCUCUUUGCUCUGAUAUCCCAUUCUUAUUUAAAUCCCUUGUAUAAAAAGACGCGUCUUAAAAUCGCGUUCUAUUUUAAAACGUUGAUAGUUGUUUACGUUUAAAAACGGAGGUUUAUUUUGAAAGUUAAGGAAAUGGGUGAGAUUAUUGUCGCUACAAACGUAACCUGUGACGCGUAGCUGUACAUUUUUAUAGAUACAAACGUAAGGAUAAACUUUAAUAAAUUAAAUGAUAGUUGAUGUUGAACUGUAUAAUGUGAUAAGUUAAUAAAAAUAAAUAAAAAAAUACUAUAAAGAUUGGAAAAUUAAGCAUUGGAUGACAAUAAUUUUUGUUACUAUGCAAAUUUCUUUCGUCCCACCACUUCUCCUACCUUUUUUUCUGUCUUUCUCUUCCCUUUUCGUUCAGAAAUUGUAAAUUAUUUAUACAUUAUGAUACUUUGUCUAUUAUAACUGACGUUAUUUUCUUCAGAGCAUUUGUUAGUAGAGACACGUUAUAUUAAAUUAAUAUUUUAGUUAUGAAUAAUAAAGUAGGGUCCCGGUGCUUGCCGCACAUAACGAGAGCAAUACACGCGCGGGAGCCAGCCGGCGCCCGGCGCAGACCAGACCAAUUCGUGUCGUGUCGGUGUUGCUAGUUAAAAUACAAAAUAAAAUAAAGCGAUAACUAUUAAUAUACUAUAAACUAUAAAUAAAAAAAUAAUUGCACUAUGUAUAUCGCUGAUUAAUAAUAAGUUUGUAGAGAAACUCUCUGUGUAUGAUAAAAAAAAAAUAAAAAACAUUUUAUUGUAUUCGUGUUCUUUAUAAAUAAUUUCGGGCAAUAGAUUAUUAGUUAAUUGGCAUUUCUAAAGUUCAAAAAUAAAUGUUAAGUAGGGUUGCCAACUUUCGGAAACAUAGACACGAAUGCUGACAAUAAAAGAAAACACUAUCCACUUUGAACCGAAAACACAUAGAUGUCAGCUACAGCCCUACAUUUAUCUUUCAUAAAAUAAUAGGAGCUUUUUAAUAAUAUACACAGCCGGAUAAAAAUAUUCAUUAGUCACAUUCAAGCCCUCAGGAGUUAGGAACUUUUGGGCCUCAAAUGACCAUGCAAACACCAAGAAUCCGGGUUAAAUUCGAUGAGUUAGCAACCCUAAUAUUAAGUCAUAUGAUUUACGGUUCGAAUAUCUGUAAAUAAGUACAAAUCAAUUUAUUAAGAAAGGCAACACUAUACAGUGAGUUUCAUCUACGUUAUUUUUAAGUACUGUAGUGAAAAUCGGUGUAUCGUAUGGCAAUAAACAUUUUUAUUAACUAUUUUUGUGUAGGCCACUAAUUACUGGUAACCCUGUGUUGCUUCUCGCUUCUCUAUGCUAUUCCUUUAAAAUGAAUUUAAACAAUUAGAGAAGUAAUAUUAACAAGCUAAAUGAUUAUAUUUGCUUCUUUCAUUUGGGAUGAAUAUUCCCUUUUUAGGUUAGUUUUUUUAUCCUACUUUCUGGAAGAUGAUGGAAGA